ACGGCUGCCGGCACGGAGCCGCUACACGGGCAUCUCAGAGCAGGGCCGAAGUCGCCGUCGUUGCGAAGAGCCUUCCGCGGCAGGAAGAAGGAGCGCAGAGGCGGGGCGGCCCGUGGGAGGCGACUCUCCUCCUCCUCCUCCUCCACCCUCCUGCAGCCGGCGGGCCGGCCACUCGCCUGGUAUGUCCAGGAUGUACGUUCGGCGCAGAGUCCUCGAAGCUGACAGAAACGGCGGCGAUCCUAGGGUCGCCGGCAAAAGGAGCUAGGCGAGGCCGUCCGCCGCCGUCACCGCAUUCUCAUCGGGAGCGCGCGGCGCUCGCACGGCGCUCGCCCCCGCACAGAGCGCGCCGGGCUAUGGGUGCGCACGGCGCGACCGGGACGCCUCGCCCCCCGUGGCCGCUGCUCGUGUGGCUGCUGUGGCUGGCUGCGGGGCCGCCGGGAGCCCGAGGGGAAACCGCGGAACGCACCGAGCUGGCGGUCAUGGGCCUCAUGCCCCUGGGCGUGACGGCGGAGACGGGCGACGACAUCGGGCAGGUGGUGCUGCCCGCCGUCACGCUCGCCGUGCGCCACGUGAACCAGGACGCGUUCCUGCUGCCCGGCUACCGCCUCGGCCUCAAGUGGUACGAUACAGAGUGUGACAAUGCCAAGGGGCUCAAGGCAUUUUUUGAUGCCAUCAAGAAGGGGCCCACGCACCUCAUGAUUUUCGGGGGCGUCUGUCCCUCCGUGACCUCUACGAUCGCCGAGGCCCUGCAGGGAUGGAACCUGGUGCAGCUCUCGUUCGCGGCCACGACGCCCGUGCUGGCGGACAAAAAGAAGUACCCGUACUUCUUCAGGACGGUGCCCUCGGAUAACGCCGUCAACCCGGCCAUCGUUCGCUUCCUUCACCUCAUCAAGUGGACGCGUGUAGGGACCCUGGCACAGGACGUGCAGCGCUUCUCUGAGGUCCACAAUGACCUGACCAAGGAGCUGGAGAAGAUGGACAUCGAGGUGGCCGACACGCAGAGCUUUUCCAACGACCCCUGUGCCAACGUACGCAAGCUCAAGGACGCGGACGUGAGGAUUAUUCUGGGACAAUUCGACGAGGAAAUGGCCACCAAGGUGUUCUGCUGCGCCUACCAGGAGUCUAUGUACGGCAGCAAGUACCAGUGGGUGAUCCCGGGCUGGUACAGGGAGCGGUGGUGGGAGCGCACCCGGCCACCUGAGUGUCCCGAGCGCGGCCUCUAUGAAGCCAUCCAGGGAAACAUCGCCGUUGACUUCAUGCCUCUCAGCACCCGGCCCAUCCAGACCAUCUCUGGGCAGACCCCGCAGCAGUACGAGCACGAGUACAAGCGGCUGCGGCGGGAGUUGGGCGGCGCCGACGCGGCCACGGCCGGCGCGUCGCCCCACAGCAAGUUCCACGGCUACGCGUACGACGGCGUGUGGGUGAUGGCCCAGGCGCUCCACCGCUCGAUCGGCCUGCAGCGCGCAUCCAGGGAGCCCAACGCCUCCAUCGAGGCCUUCGGCUACGACAACGCGCACCUGGGCCGCACCAUCCUGCGCGCCAUGAACGAGACCAACUUCCAGGGUGUAACUGGGCAGGUUAUCUUCAGGAACGGUGAGAGGCUCGGCACGAUCGAGUUCACCCAGUUUCAAAAUGGGCAAAGAGUGAAGGUGGGCGAGUACAACGCCGUCGCCGACCAACUGGAGCUCAACAGAACGAUCCUCUUCCAAGGUGCGACGCCACCGCGGGACCACACCUUCGUGGUGAGCAGGCGGCGCGAGGUCUCCCUGCUGCUCUACAGCAUCCUGGCGAUGCUCACCUGCCUCGGCAUGCUCAUGGCCUCCACCUUCCUCUUCUUCAACAUCAAGAACCGCAACCACAAGCUCAUUAAGAUGUCGAGCCCCUACAUGAACAACCUGAUCAUCCUGGGGGGCAUGUUCUCCUACAUGACCAUCUUCCUCUUCGGCCUGGACGGGGCCCUCGUGUCCCCGGGCACCUUCGAGAGAGUGUGCACCGUCCGCACGUGGUUCCUCACCGUGGGCUACACCACGGCCUUCGGGGCGAUGUUCGCUAAGACGUGGCGCGUCCACGCCAUCUUCAAGAACGUUAAGAUGAAGAAGAAGAUCAUCAAAGACCAAAAGCUGUUUGGGAUCGUGGGCGGCAUGCUGCUCAUUGACCUGGUCAUCCUCAUCUCCUGGCAAGUGCUGGACCCCCUGAAGCGCAUUGUGAAUGACUACCCCAGGGAGCAUCCCGAGGGCGGGGAAGACUUCACGAUCGUUCCCCAGCUGGAGCACUGCGAGAGCACUCACAUGACCAUCUGGCUCAGCAUCGUCUACGCCUACAAGGGCCUGCUCAUGGUGUUCGGCUGCUUCCUGGCAUGGGAGACACGGAACGUAUCGAUCCCGGCGCUCAACGACAGCAAGUACAUCGGCAUGAGCGUCUACAACGUGGGCAUCAUGUGCAUCAUCGGGGCGGCCGUCUCCUUCCUGACGCGCGACCAGCCCAACGUGCAGUACUGCACCGUCGCCCUCGUCACCAUCUUCUCCUCCACCAUCACCCUCUGCCUCGUUUUCAUGCCCAAGCUGAUCGCCAUGCGCACGAACCCGGACGCGGCGACGCGCAACCGGCGCUUCCGCUUCACGCAGGCGCAGAAGCGCGAGGACACGCGCACGCCGCCCUCCGUGUCCAGCGUCAACCACAGCUCCAGCGGCCGCCUCGAGGGGCUGCAGGCCGAGAACCAGCGCCUGCGCAUGUACAUCACUCAGCUGGACUCUGAGCUCGAGCACAUCACCAUGGAGAUGCAGGAGAGCCCGGAGAAAGCACCGGGCACGUGGGGACACGCAAACUACACGAACGCAGCCGCCGGCUACGGGGUCAGCGCUCAGCGACCUCUGCUGCAGGGUGAGGCCCGCUCUGCCAGGUCCAUGCCAGGUUUUUUUUUGUUAAACUAAUUUCAAACUUAAUUUAGAGCUUUCGUGACUGCAGGAAUUACUCUUUGGUUCUUUCGGUAAAGUCCCGUAUAAAGAUAAAAUAAUAAAUUAAACACUAAUUUCAGCCGGAGCUGUCCGGGUCGGCAUUCCCGGAAACUAUUUCUGCACCCAGACACGCCGCAUCGAGGCUACGCCCCUCGCUUCGGCUGCGGCUACUCUCUGCGGUCGUACGCACGUUUGUUUCAAUAUCUCUUGCAGCGUGCGUAGUAGCCAACCGGGCUCAUUGCAGGCGCCGAGGGUAAGGGCGGCGAACUAAACACAGAAACAGUUCUAAAGAAUUGAGUUUAAAAUUUUGAUUUAAAAGUGCAUUUACUCCAGUGGCCUCCUGCCGCUAGACCUACUACCCCGGUCGAACAGUCACGGAGAGAAAGGUAGCCGCUGCACGCAGUGUGAUGCUGCUGUAAAUGCGUUGCACGCGAAUCGACGCCCGGGUUUUUCGCCGUAGCAGUAAAUAGUUGUCCUCGCCACCUGUGCAUCCCAGCUGCAGUUGUUGGCAUUGGCGACGGUGGUCAGUGCUAAGGCAGAAACAAGUAUUGGCUGUCU